AGGGCUUUCUGGGUUGUUUUGGAUUUGGUGGUAGCACAUGGAGGCAAGAAGGACCCUCGUUUGAAGCAACUUAGCACAAUCGUUAUUUAUUUAUUUGUUUUUUUACUUAAACUUGAACACAGCCACUCCAAGAGUGUGCCAUGUCAGCGGCAGGACAGACGAGCGGUAGCCGAGACAUACCGGCCGUGAGGCGGGUCGCCGUUCUGGAGGCUGCCCACAUGCCCCACGAAUAUUCCACGACCCCCGGGGGAACGGUGUUUAGCACUACGCCUGGAGGAACCCGAAUCAUCUACGACAGGAAGUUCCUGCUUCAGUGUCGCACUUCUCCUCUGGCUCGCACGCCUCCGAAGCUCCCGGACAUUCCGGGAGUCACCAGGCCACUCAAACGAGAGUCCUCCACUGAGACCAGCCAGCCGGAGGCGAGCGAGAUCGGUACCACUGAACACAGCCGACAUACUGAGGUUGCAGGAGACGAUGCCCAAUUCGAAAUGGACAUUUGAAGAGGAUUACAACAAAUCCUAGGAUUCUUCACAAUAGUUGUGCUGCGAUUGCAGAAGGUGUUUAAGGUUGAAUUUCCAACAUAUAGAUAGUCGAUUAUAAAAUUAGUGUCCUUAAACGGGAAAUUGUAUCUUUCUGGAACUAUUUAUGUGCCUUAGAUAUUCGUCGCAUUGGUUAGUAAAGCUUUGACAUCUUAGGUGCUGGACAAAAUCAGUUUUAACUCAACGAUAAAGUCUUGUUUUUGGUGAUUCAGCGACAUUUAUAAUUCUCGAAUGAAAUUAGAUUAUUUUUCCCUACUGUUACCUCACUACAUUUGUUUUAAUAGAUUUUAUUUGCAUGAUGAAAUUAAUCUAUUUUUUAUGCUUACAGGUAUACUAGUACAGUAUUAUACAAUGAAUGACUUACAGAUAUAGUCGCAAGGAAAAGAAUGUAUACUCUGUCUGUGAAUCACGGUGGUUUCUGUAUUAAUUGAACAUAGCCACAAAAAAAGACAACUAAUUACGCACUAUAAGGGUUAUAAGGCGCACUUUAAUGAAGAGCCUAUUUUAAAACUCCUUUCAUAUACUGUAUAUAACCCCGUAUUAUAAGGCGCAGUAGUAUAACGCAACUCCUAGAUGGAGCUUUGCUAAAGGGAAUGUCAUGUCAUUAUUAACCAAUAUUGAUCCAUAUACAGUGGUAUGAAAAAAUAUCUGAACCUUUUGGAAUUACUCACAUUUCCGCAUAAAAUCACUAUCAAAUAAAAGCUUAUCUUUGUCAAAAUCACACAGAUGGAAAAAAACUGCUUUAACUAAAACCACCAACAUUUAUAGGUUUUCAUAUUUUGAUGAGGACAGUAUGCAAACAAUAACAGAAGGGGGAAAAAUAAGUAAGUGAACCAUCACAUUUGAAUUUUAAUAUUUUGUGCCCCCCCCUUUUCACCUACUUAUCCCCCCCCCCACUGUCAUUGUUUGCAUGCUAUCCUCAUUAAAAUAUGAAAACUUAUAAAUGUUUGGGUGGUUUGUGUUUAAGUAGAAACUGUAUUUUUGUCUGUGUGAUUUUGACAAAGAUCAGAUCACAUUUAAUGUUGAUUUUAUGCAGAAAUGUGAGAAAUUCCAAAAGGUUCAGAUACUUUUUCAUACCACUGUAUAAGGUGCAUCUGAUUAAAAGAUGCACUGCCAGCUUUUGAGAAAAUCAAAGGCUUUUAGGUGCACCUUAUAGUGCUGCAAAUACAGUACUAGUUAAAAGUUUUUAAUUGGGCCAGCACAUUGGUCUAGCGUUAGCAUGUCUGCCUCCCAGUGAAUGUGAACAUAAAUUAUUUGCAUAUAACGGUAUGCCUUUUGAUAAACUGGGGCCCAGAUAAGGGAGUACCCACCUCUUGCCUAAAGCUACAUGAGAGGCUCAUGUUUCACAGAAAGUCUAAUAAUGACAGCAUGGAGCUAAUUGGAGUCAGGAUUGAGUUGACCUUAAAGUCAAUCAAUGUGAUGAGAUUGAAGGUGUUGAUUAAAGGUGCCCUUAAGGACUCUGGGGAGGAAGCCACAAGGUAUGAAAUUUUUGAUGUUAUUACAAAACACUAUUUGGAAAUAUUAGACUCUACCAAAUUAAACAACAUGGAGUUGUUUGGAAGAAUUUACAAAGAAGAUGCAACAACAACAACAACAAUUAUUUUCCCCACUAUAAGGCGCAUCGGUGUAUUAGGAGCACCUUCAAUGAAUGGCCUUUUUUAUGAUGUUUUCAUAUAUAGGACGCACGGCAAUAAAUGGCGCAGUCAUCUUGGUUGGGGUUGCGCUAUGCAUCCACUAGAUGGAGCUGCGCUAAAAGGAAUGUUAACCAGUAUUGAUCCAUGUAUAAGGUGCAUUGGAUUAUAGGGCGCAUCGAUGGCUUUUGAGAAAAUUGAAGGCUAUUAGAUGCGCCUUAUAGUGUGGACAUUACGGUUUGUUUGUGUAUAUAUACUGUACUGUUAUAUCCACUCAAUAACUCAUUGCAACUGUGAAGUAUAACAGAGGAGGGGACAUCAAAGUUUGGGGCUUUUUGUUGCCUCAGGGCUUGGGACUUUGACACAGUGAGAAGAAAUAGUGUGUGCUGUAAUUGAAUAAACUUGGGUAUUUUGACAUAAGAAAGACUUAUUAAAACUCAUGGUUAAAUUAAGUGCAAAAAGUGCCCAAUGUUGCAUGAUGUUUUUUAAAUUAAAUAUGCAAAUAUUCCAUAAAAGGCUUGAACUGUU